AUGGCCCAGUGCAAGAUCGAUUUCGGCGAGUGUCUCAAAGAUUCGCCCAAGUUUAGGUUACGAUUGGAGCAGGAAGAAGCCGAAAUUGAACAUCUUGAGUCACGGUUGGAAAAAAUCAUCAAGGCAUGCAGUGCAGCAGUCGACAGUGGCAAGGAGUACAUCCGGCACCAGAGCACGUUUGCCACCUCGCUGUGGGAUCUGCAGAAACACUUCCAGGACAGCAAAAACUCUACGAACGCGCUAGCUCAGCUCAUACAGCUACUGCAGGAGAUGAACAUGUUUCACACGACGCUGCUCGAUCAGGCUAACCGGACGGUGCUGAAGAAUCUGACCGGAUUUCUGAAACGCGACAUACGCGAGGUAAAGGAGUAUCGGCAAAUAUUUACCAAGGUGUCGGAGAAUCUGGAUGCGGCGGUUUACAAAAAUUCACAAGUCAGCCGUAACCGGCCAGCAGAUGUGCUCGAGGCAGAGAAUGUACUAUCGGCGUCGAAGUCGUGCUUUAACCAUACGGCGCUCGAUUACGUCAACUACAUCACGCUGCUGCAGAACCGGAAGCGGCACGAAAUAUUGGGCACACUGCUGAGCUAUCUGAAGGCGUGUAGCACCUACUUCCACCAGGGGUCAGAUCUGUGCGAGGAUUAUGGGACGUUCUUCAAGAGUCUGGACGACGAGAUCGGUUUGAUGCGGUCCGAGUAUGGUGUGUUGGACAAGCAGAUGCAAAACCGGCACACGUGCGUCAACGAUCCGCGACCGGAUCAACAGUCGGAAGGGGGUGACGAAUCGAUCGGUGGUGGUGGUACCGAUGGUGGUGGUGGUGGUGGCGGUGGUGGUGAUGUAGUUGGUAGUACCGGUGAUGAUGGGCGUCGGGUGUCGGGCGUUUCCAACUACAUGGAGGGCUAUCUGUUUAAGCGUACCUCGAACGCAUUCAAAACGUGGAACCGGCGAUGGUUCUGCAUGCGCGACAAUCAACUCUUCUACCGCAAGCGUACCGGCGAAGACUUGCCCACGGUGAUGGAGGAAGAUUUGCGGCUUUGUACCGUACGUCCGCUGGCCGAUUCGGACCGACGCUACUGCUUUGAAGUAAUCUCACCGACAAAAUCACACAUACUACAGGCGGAUUCGGAAGCGAUGAUGAACGCUUGGAUAAAAGCGCUACAGAAGGGAAUCGAUUCAGCGAUCCAGCACAGUGCCUACAGCAGUGAUAUCCGUUGUCUGGCGAGUGGUGUUGGUGGUGGUGGAGGAAGUUCGGGUGUGGGUAGAGGAGGUCCAAGUGCUGGUAGCUCUGCUGGUGGAGGUGCAGGUGAUGGAGGACGGCCGGGCGAUUCAAAAAUGGAUGCGGACGGCAGUAGUAAGGACCGCAGCGGUCCAGGACGUCCCUCGGACGGUGCUCGAAAGGGAUAUAAAAAGAUUAACUGGACGCAGAUGUUGAAAAUUCCGGGCAAUUCGAGGUGUGCCGACUGUAAUAAUUCUGAUCCACGCUGGGCAUCGAUCAACCUUGGCAUCACGCUGUGCAUUGCGUGCUCGGGUGUGCACCGCAGCCUCGGCGUCCACUACAGCAAGGUGCGAUCCCUGACGCUGGAUGCCUGGGAACCGGAGAUACUGCGAGUGAUGAUCGAGCUGGGCAACGAUGUGAUUAACCGCGUGUACGAGGGUAACAAGACACGGCUGGCACGGUUCGAUCGGGCAACGGAUAAUUGCGAGAUAGCAGUGCGCGAAGCGUGGAUCCGGGCCAAGUACAUCGACCGGCUGUUUGUGGUACCGUUGGGUGGUGGUAGCGGUACCGGACCGGACGAUGGUAGCACCUCGUCGUCGACGCUCUCAUUCAAGAGUCUUGGUGCGGACUGUUCCAAGUUUCCAGAAAAGUGGAGCAUCAAGAAGCUGCGCCGGCGCAGCUAUCGGCAGCUCUUGCGACGCCCGAAUCGGCCAUCGGAUCAGCAACAGUCGGAAGCACGGGCACAGCCACAGGUUACCAAUCUCGACGACGAUGGUGAGGAGGAGCGUGAACAAGUGGAGGAGGAGGACGACGAGGACGAGGAGCGCGGAACGGGAAGUCAAUCGAAGCAUGGUUGCCCGGACGCGGACGAGAAGGAUGUGUUGGCGCACGUACCAAAACAGUUUGCCGAUAUACUGCUGAUCGGGGAUAAUCUAUUGACGGACGAUCCGAACCUGCCGGACGAGGAUUUGCUGCUGCUCAACUCGGACCACGAGUCAACGAGCGGCGAGGAGGAUAACGCCAUCAUGGAGUGCGAAGAGCUGGAGCGUCUAUCGCCCAAUUAUCUGCUGUACAAGGCAGCCAGCGGUCACAAUCUGCCGGUGAUGAGCCAAGCGCUAGCCCUCGGUGCUGAUAAGUGCUGGACGAAUCCACACGAUGCCGACAGCACGCCACUGCACGCCGCCAUCUUGUCCGGGUCGGUAAUGUCGUGCGAAUUUUUGCUGCUGAACGGUGCCCCUAUCAAUGCGACUGAUCGGUACGGUCGCACACCGUUACAUUUGGCCGCCGAACAGGGUUCCGCGGCGCAAGCAUACCUACUGUUGAAGCACAAGGCACGGUACGACUUGGCGGAUGUGAACGGACGGCAGCCGAUUGACAUUGCGGUUGAGAAAGAGGACGCAGACAUUGUGACAUUGCUAAGGUUAACGCAAUUGAACGAUGAGAUUGGUUCCGGAGAGGAUGGGGAAAGUUAUUCUGGGGAUGAUUUAACCUAUCUGGCAGUUAUGAACGAAUUUUCCGACUUGGCAAGCAAUCAACCCCAGCGGCUUCAUCGCUACAGACAACAGCAGCAGCAGCAACAGCGGCAAGCGAUAGUUGCGACCGACGAUACUAGCCCGAUCGUGACAGAUCUGGACGCACCUGACACGGGAAAUGUGGUAGAUAAGAGUGUGACUGGCGAUCGCUAA